GUAUCAAACAGUCCGCCCAAUAUUUGGAGUCAAGUAUCCUGAGCGCAUUUACGGGACGGACGGGUGAGCUGCUUUACGCAACAACUGGUGUUGCUUCUGUAGGUCGGUUUAUGAGCUUUCCAGAGAUUUACUUUAUUGUCUUUUCCAGCGAUCCCUUCCUGACAGUAAAGCGCGUUUGGACACGGUGAAAUCUGAAAUGCGCGGUCGGUUUGCGUCAGCGCUUGUGCUGGUGUUGCUGUGGUGUUGCGGCAGCGCGCCGGGUGAACGGGGACAGAAGGUGUCCAGGAGAACACCGAGGACUCGCUCCUGUCUGGACUUACCGGAGGAGAUUUUGGAGCAGAUGUUCGGGAGGCUCUCGGUCGGGGUUCUCAGCGCGUUUCAUCACACCCUGCAGCUCGCGCCUCCAGAGCGACAGAAUCUGACCUGUCAAUCAGCGUCUCGCCUAGCGCGCGACAAACCGCGCACCCCUGUCAACUUCCUCAGCCUCUCGCCCUGGGCGUACAGAAUCUCCCAUGAUCCAGCGAGGUACCCUCGAUAUCUCCCGGAGGCGUAUUGUUUGUGUAAGGGAUGCCUGAGCGGGCCGAACGGGGAGGAAAGUGAGCGCCUCCGCAGCACUCCGGUGUUCAUGCCGACCGUAAUACUGCGCCGGACCGGCUCGUGCGUCGGGGGACGUCGUUCCUACACGGAGAGCUACGUGUCCAUCGCCGUGGGUUGUACUUGUGUGCCAUUGUUGGAGAAAGACAGAAAAACACAUAAGGGAAAGCCAAGCGUGAAAAGAGUAUCGUUUACAAAUUCCACUACCUUUAGAAAGAAUGGACUGAACUGAUCCAUUUUAGAUUUUUUCUCUGUCAGUUUUCUUAUUUCCUUGAUCUUUUCUUCUAGUUGGUGAAAGGAAAAACUUGACAGAACUUGCUCUCGCAGCUGCAGAUUCUAGUCUGCAGGGCCAAGCU